AUGCCAAAAAACUUUCACUUGAAGUUUGCAUUACGUGCAUCUUACCAUGCUGUUAUAAUGUUUUCUUCAUCACGACGACCAAUAACACAUAAACCAGUGUUAAAUGAACGAAACAGUAAAUUAGAAUAUUGUUUAUCAUCAAUGCAAGGUUAUCGUCCAACAGUGGACGAUACACAUGUCAUGAAAUUACUACUGGAUCAACAAACACCAUCUCGAUAG